AUGUUGUCCCCGAAAGCCGCCGUCCUCUUCAACUUUGCCCUCCUGGCUUCUGCCGCCCCAGGAAAGCGCCAGUCCACCGGCACAGGAUCUUGCACCGAUCUGCACAUCUUCCUCGCCCGCGGAUGGAACGAGGGCUACCCGGGCAGACAGCAGCUCGUUAUUGACGCCACCUGCAAUGGCCUCUCCAGCUGCGACUAUGAAGAUAUCUUAUUCGAUGCGUCCAACCCCUCUGGGUACCCUGCCGCUGUUGAGGAGGGUCGUGUUUCUGGAGUCGCCCAAGUCAAGGCAUAUAGCGAGAAAUGCCCUAGCUCCAAAAUCGUUCUGAGUGGUUACAGCGAAGGUGCCAAUGUUGUUGGAGAUAUCCUCGCUGAUUCUGGGUUGGCUGCCACCGCCACUCCCGGAUCCCAGGUCUGCGCCGCCCUCCUCUUCGGCGACCCGACUCACAUUGCCAACCAAAGCUACAACGUCGAGGCCGGCUCCAGCUUCAGUGGUCAGAUGGCCCGCUCGAGCUCUUCCCUGAGCAACCUCAACAACUUCUCCGGCGUCCUGCGCUCCUGGUGCAACGGCGAGGACAUUGUCUGCGCCUACGGCGAGGGCCGAACGAUGGGCGAGGAUGCCCACACCAACUACUUCCAGCUCUACACCAACGACGCAGCCGCCUACAUCAAGGAGAAGUGCGUGCCCUCAGGAACGACCCCUCCCACGGCGACCACCACCUCCAGCCUUCCCGCACCCACCUCCACUGGAUCCUUCUGCGUCUCUGGCAAGGUCAAGACAGGUCUGUCCGAGAACUACACCGGUCUCUGCGAGUUCUCUUGCUCCAACGGAUACUGCCCUGAUGAGAUGUUUCGUUUACCGAAGAGCAGGAAUGGCACAGCACACCUUGAUGAAUGCGACUCCUCAUAUCUCGAACCUGUGCAAAAUCGUGAGAGUCCUGCACAGGCCACGCUCGGGUGCGGGACCCGAUGCCGUGAUGUGAUGCUUUGCCGGAUUGACCGCGCUACCGGCACUUCCGACGAUUCGGCCGCUCUUCGCCAGAUUGGGCUUGCUGCAGCCAAACGAAGAGAAGUCAUGAUGGCAGUUCCGAGUGCACGGGGCGCCCGGGACUCGAUCUGCAAGGACCACGGCCCGGCUGCCAAGGCAUGGGUGUUCACUGAGUGGACCACGGGCUGA